GAAAUGGGCUGCAAACAUCAACAUCCUCCUCUUUUAUUUAUUUAUUUAUUAUUUAUUAUUUACUUAUAUAAAUAAACAAAAUAAACUCAUAAGAACAUCAAAAUUAUCAUCAAGAAAUCCCAUCCUUUUAAAACCCUAACCCUACCCCUCAAUCGCAUAACAAUCGAUUCUCUGUUUCAGGAGGAGAUCGUGUGAAGAUUUCAAGGUGAGCUUUUCUUGAUCCAUUCACUGAGUUUAAUUUUGCCCUCCAUUGUGGAAACGAUCGCUUUUUGCUUCGUUUCAGAGUAAACAGAGUAAGGGCUUGUGAUUCUUUCGCUGUGAAGAAAUGGCACAGGACAAUUGGAAGAAUGAUACCAAUGAAACCGAAUUCCAAAAGCGAGAAGGCCCAAUUCUCUGCGCGAACAACUGCGGAUUCUUUGGAAGUUCAGUUACACAUAAUCUCUGCUCAAAAUGCUAUAGAGACCUCACCAUGAAGCAACAACUAGAGACUCCUCUUGCUCCAUCAAUGGAGAAAUCACCAUCUGUGGCUUCAUCAUCUUCUGCCAAAGUUGAAAUUGAGCUGGUUAAGGAAGAGACUGCUAACUCAGGCAAAACCUGUGUGGAUAUUGUUGAUAAGAAUCAAUCAGAAGAGCAAUUGAACAAGAAAUCAUCAAAUCGGUGUACACUUUGUAGUAAAAGGGUAGGGUUAACUGGCUUUAAAUGUAGAUGUGGGGGCACUUUCUGCUCUACUCACCGAUACUCUGAGACUCAUGAUUGUUCGUUGGACUACAAGAGCAUCGGUAAGGAGGUUAUUGCUAAAUCAAAUCCUGCUGUGAAGGCAGACAAGAUUGAGAAAAUGUGAUGGCAAGUGUAAUUGAAAGUCGUUUUAAGAAGGUGUGGGGGUCAAUGCUCUUCUUGAUUUGCGCUGUUUCGUGCUGAUUCUUAUUAGCCAUGAUGGUUAUUUAGGUAGAGAGGGUGUGUUCUUGGAGAAAAACUAGCGUUGUCGUCUUAAAAUGUGGUUGUGUUUCCAGAAUGUGAAUGCUGUAGGUAGUUAGUUGGAUGCAUGAAUAACGUAAAUAGGAUGCUCGACGCAGAUGUGAUUGUCUAUUUUUCUUUCUAUGUGGUGAUUCGAUUUCAUACCAUUGGUGUAUGUGGUCAUGUUUCCAGAAUGUGAAUGCUGUAGGUAGUUAGUUGGAUGCAUGAAUAAUGUAAAUAGGAUGUGGUGAUUCAGUUUCAUGCCGUUGAUGUCAUCACCCACAAUGUAAGUGCUGCUGGUAACUUGCUGCAUGAAUGAUUGUCUAUAUUUCUUACUAUGUUGUGAUUUAAUGUCA